CCUGUUUCAACAUGUUAGUACAAAAAUUGCACAAUUCUCAGAAAUAUAUCAUGAUAAGUGGAAAUUUCGAAAUGACCGCUUCCGUUUGUGACCUAUAUAAGAGCUUCGGUGAUCUUUUUAGAAAUAUAUACCUUCCAGUAACCAAAGAGACAACACGAGCAGGGUAACAAGAUUCGUCCAUUGCCUUUACGUCAGCCCGAGAAUAACAACACAGAAUGAGCCGCAAGCUAUUUGUUGUCCUGGUUGCUAUGGUGGCGUUUCAUCAAGCAUUAGCUGCCAGAAAGGUUGACGCCAGACAGCGAGCGUCCCAUACUAUACACAAGAGGUCACUUCAGAAUGAUAUGUACAAACGUGCAGAGGAUAUGAAAGAUUUGUCAGUCGACCAACUACUUGAGCUCAAUGGAGCAGAGCGCAUGACGACAUCGCGUGAAGCUAAGUCAGCGCAAGGCACGACAUUGUGGCGACUUCAGGAGACUUAUCUUGGGAUUCCUAUCUACGCCGUUGUCGUCUCGGUAGAGGUUGACGAUGAGGGCAAGCCUACGGGAAAAGCAUCUGGAGAGUUCAUCCAGGGAAUUGAAGAUGACUUGGAGUCGGUUGACCCUCUCUUCCCUCCAAAUGUAGCUCUUGAUAUACUGAUAGAAGCAGAGAAUGAUGGAGCACACAGGAGUUCCAUCACCCGCAGUUCAACAGAUCAUUACAUUUAUAUCGACGAAACUGAUCGGGCUCGGUCUGUUUACCUAGUAUCAUAUGUUUUGACCAGAAAAGAUGCUGCACCAAAGCGUCCCGUCAUGAUUGUUGAUGCAAGGUCAAGAGAAAUUAUAAGGACAUGGCAAAAUCUAGAAUCCUGGAACUGUGGUGGCAGAAGAAAAACCUACAAAGGUGUUGGAGGUAAUGAAAAAAUGGGUAGGAUUAUAUACGGGGACAAACCAUUUUGUCUAGCUCCUACCAUUAACGGAGAUACUUGUGUCCUGGAGAAUAAGUAUGUUCGAGUUGUUGAUAUGCAACAGACAACUGACGACUCCAGAACCGAAACUGCAAGUUUUAGAUGUAAAAACGGAUAUAACGAUGAGGUCAACGGAGCGUAUUCACCAGUCUUAGACGCAUUCUACGCAGGUACUGCCGUCGGAAUGAUGUUUGAAGAAUGGUUUCACACAACUCCUUUAAAUUCAAAACCUGUUCUUCGCGUUCAUUACGGAAAUGGGAUGGACAAUGCAUUCUGGGAUGGCAGCUAUUGUAGUUUUGGGGAUGGUUCUUCCACCUUCUAUCCUCUUACAAGUUUUGAUGUUGUUGGUCAUGAGAUAGCUCACGGAGUGACCGAGCAAAGUUCUGGACUAGAAUACCAUAACGAGAUGGGUGGACUCAACGAAGCCUUUUCCGACAUUGUAGGUGAGGCAACCGAGGAAUUCAUCGACUUCCGGAGUGACAUGUUCGUCGGUUUGGAUAUCAACAAGGGCGACAUCAUGCGUCAUUUCAGAGAACCCGAACUUGACGGGAGCUCACCAGGUAGUGUCGACGGGUACAGUGACGGAAUGGAUCCUCAUUACUCAAGCGGGGUUUUCAGGAGAAUGUUCUAUGUCAUCAUCAAGCAAAAGGGAGGAGUGAUUCGCCCAGUGGUCCACGCCAUACUACACGCUAAUCGUAUGUAUUGGAGAAGUAUGACAGGGUUUCAAGAGGCAGGUUGUGGUGUACUGAAGUCUGCUUACGAUCUAGGACAAAAUCCUACACCAUAUCUGCGAGCUUUAAAUGAUGUCGGUAUAGAAGCCUGUGACGUAACCGAACACAUCCGCCGUCUGAGAUCAAAUAAUCCAGUUUCCGGUAUCACCAUUUCCCCCGAGAUCAGUCCAAUGUUUGGGUAUGAGGUGCCAAGAUCAACCUCAAGUGUGACAAUUGUAGCCAGACAUGAUGUAGAAGAUGUUAUGAUUGAAGUCCGGAUAGGAACGUGGGAGAACGACGAGGAGGGACGGAGUAGACUCGAACGUUUCUCCACCGGUGACAACGAACUGAGACUGGAUGGUUUAAAUAGUGGCGAUGUUCUCUUUAUCGAAUUAAUGACCCAAAGUCAUAUCAACAUUUCCGGCGUCAACGUCACCGCAAUUCCCGAGAGCAACUCCAGACGGAACUCCGACAUGUCCAGGGCGUACUGGGCUAAGGUGUUUGCCGAUGCACGAUUAAUUCAGGAUUAGUGAUUAAGAAUGACAUUUUUUAAAUUUUGUUCUCAUCUGUGACAUUGAAACUUUGUUGAACUGUUUACUUCAUCAAUAUACCGCUUGUACACAUUCUACAUGUACAUUGUUCCUAUUGUCAAAUAUUCCAUGUUUUUAUUACCUAUAAAUUUCAGUAUAUAUUUUUUGUUUGUAUCUACUAUUUAAUGCGAUGCUCUAUUCAAUGUGAAAAUAUUUUG